CUGCUAGUUGUUCACUAGCAUCAGUCUUCCUCGCCAUUCUCGCGGAAAACUUCUUCAAUAGUCCACCAUCGUCGUCGGCCAUGGCUUCGCUUCCGUCCAAGCAAAUCUCAGAUGAUGUUAGCUUAUUGGUUGUGUUGAUCGAUACCAAUCCAUUCUUCUGGAGCACAUCAUUGUCUUCUCUUAAUUUCCACCAGUUCGUCUCCCAUCUGCUGGUAUUUCUUGACUUAAUUGUGCUGCUAAGCCAACUGAAUCAAAUUGUGGUCAUUGCAGCUGGGCAUUAUAGCUGUGAUUACAUUUAUGACUCGUCGUUGGAUACGAAUCAGGUCUCCAGGGAAGGCGAAUUGCCUACUUUGUAUUCUUUUGUAUUACAGAGAUUAGAGGAGUUCGUGAGUAAGGAUGAGAAUUCGGGGGCUAAGAAGGCAGCUUUCCCGGAGAAGCGGGUGUCUUCGUUGUUGUCCGGUUCACUCUCGAUGCCCCUCUGUUGUAUCUUUUCUUUGUAGUUUUGGUCUUUACUUUGUCAGGGUUUUUUUGUAGUUCAUUCUCUUGCAUUUUGCAU